AUGCCAAACAGUCCGAAGAAUGAGGCCAAUCCAUAUAUACCUAAAUAUAUAAUUAAAAAACCGUGGUAUAAAGAAGACUCUGGUAGUAAUAACCCUGAUUCAGACUAUUUAUCGCAUCAUAGAAACAAGAAUGAGGUAAUUGAUUAUAGUUUGCCAACGGCGGGUGGUGGUAUUAAUGAUUCCUUUGAUGUUAAAGAGAACUUUCGAGUCAAAAGGAACGAAGAUUAUGAUUCAAAAAGAGAUAGAUGGUAUGGAUAUGAAGCAGACCAGUGGGACAAUAUUUUGCGUGACUGGCAAAAGAUAAAGAAGAAGUCAAAAACUCAAAGUUCGAAAGAUGAACAAGACUCCGACGAUACAGACUAUGAGUUAGAGUUAAUUGAAUUAGGAUUAGACGCAAAGGACAUAGUAACAAAUUUGAAGGAAGAUCCCAUGGAGAGAGUUAUUAGAGAUAGAAUGGAUAUUCCGUCGUACGUCAAAAAAGUCACAGCAUCCAAACUGAAUAAAUCUAAAGCUCUUGUCAAUGAAGAUGAUCAGUUUGUAAGAGCAAUGGGUGAGCUACAAAAGUUUGCGUGGGACCAAAAUGAGGAAUAUUUGCAAUCAAAGAGAACUGAGCUUUUAGAAAGCAAGCUACAGAAUAAGCCAGAUGCAGAACCCACAUACGCUAAUUUAGAUCUUAAUGUUGAAGCUAAUCCUACUCUAAUGCACAUGAAACUCAAGGAGCAUAAUGAGGAGAAAAAAUCGAGGAAAGAUUCAUUAGCAAAAAAAUAUGGCGGUUCGGAAUACGUAAAGGAUAAUCAGAUCCACGAGUUUCGCAACUCCCAAUAG